GAGGCGGGGGAAACACUUGAGUUCGUCCAAUCCGAUCACUGCAAUACAAGUUCGUUUUGUAGGCGGGCCCAUAGCAAAAAUCUCAUUGCUAAUUGGCCAAAACUUUAUAACGAUAGGGUACGCUUUUUGGCGGAUGAGGCGGGCUUGUUAGCGCCAUGUUUAGUUGUAAGUGACAGUUAAAGUACAAAGUAUGGAGGGGACCGAGGAGGAGCAGCGGAGGAAGAAGCUGCAGGCCGGACGGGAGAAGCUUGCUAACUUCAGACAGCGCAAAACAAAAGGGGAAAGCUCAAAGGCGCAGAAAAAGUCGCAGAAGAGGAAGAAUAAGGCUGUACACACGAAUGACUUUUCGAAGGAGGAGAGCACGAUGAUCAAGGGAGAAUGUGCACAAAGGGAUACAGUGUCAGAAGACAUCACAACAGAGACCAUGAACAGUUUAUUGGAUGCAUCUGAAUGGCUGGAUAAAACGGCAGACUUGGAAGCUAGACUUGUGCUGACACCAGAUGACAUUGGGAGCUUUACGGAUCGUUUUCAAAGGCCACAAACCCCGUUGAAAGAGAAUUUGUCUGCUGAUCUUCUACAGGAGGUGAUGCAGACAGCGGUCCGUGAUCGGGAUAAUAUCAUAACGCAGUUAUCUACUAACUUGCAGCAAGCACUACUAAGUCGUGAGGAAGUAGAAAGGGAGGCUCUAGGGCUAUCGAGUCAGAUCCACGCCAUUCAAAGUCAGCUGCAAAAUGCAAGUAAAUCCUUAAAAGGCAAAAGUCCAGGAAAAACAGAUCUGUAUGAAGCUGAACAACAAUUUUCUCUACUCCAGCAUAGUCUCAUAAAGCAGACAGAGCGAAUGCGUCAACUAGACCAACAAGCAAAAGAACGGGAAAUAGAGUUGGAGAACUCUCAGAAGGAACAACAGGCAAGACUUGCAUUUUUACAAGAAAAGCUGGAGAAGUCUGAAAACUCUGUGGCCCUUCUAGAACAAGAACUUUUAGAAAGAAAUCAGGAAGUCACGCAACUUAAACAUAAGAGUUCAGCGUCCAUUCAGACUGAAUUCUUGUCGACUAGCCUUGAUGGUGGCAAUAUAGAUGGAGAUACCACACUUGAUACCAAUGAAAUAGACAAAGAGUUUCUAGCUUCGCUAGUUGUAGAUUUAAAAGAGAGACUUGCUGAAUCAGAAACUCUUCGGGAGAGUUUACGCAUGAAGAUUGAAGAACAAAUGCAGACAUUUGAAAUGGAAAGAUCUGCCUGGGAACAAAAGCACAAUGACACUGUAGCUAAUCUUUCUCUUAAACUGCAACAAGCAGAGGACAUUGCAGCACAGGACAAGGAUGAGAAAGAUCGUCUGAACCAAGAACUUCGGGAUCUUAAAAAUAAUUUAAGAUUAGAAGCUGAAAGUAGCAAAGCCUUGAAACUGCAACAUGAGAGAGACCUACAAAUGUAUGAUAUGAAGCUACAGAGCCUGGAAGAAGAUAAAACAAAACUGAUCCAAAGGCUAUCGACUAACUUGAAAAAUCAGGACACAGAUGACUAUUCAUACGAAGAGGUGCUCGAUAUAAAGAAUACAGACAUGGAUACAAGAGUUGAUGGUUUUAGACAUGAGUUAGAAGAUCUUAAGAAAAACUUAAGCAGGGUUAAAGCCCGGAAAGAACUUGAGAAUUCAAUAGCUGUCCAACUUCGCAAAGCAGAAGAUGAAAUUUCUCCUCCAGCAUUGACUUCACUGGACAAGUACUUGAUCCCAAACGUCCAACAUCAGAUGUAUGAGCUAAACAAUAGUCAAGAGGAUUUGAGCGAACACAGUAAGUUUGAGCUUGAUAGUGACUUUAUACUGGAACAAAGUUUUAAUUCUACCAUGGAAGGAAACAUUAAUCUUCUUUCCUCUCCGAUGCCAAUUACUGAUGUCCUAGCAGGUGGUGCUACCUUAGGGACUCUUUUAGAUCCAGAGGCCUUUGCUGUGUAUCUUUCCAGCAAUACUGAUAGUGAGAAUAUUGAGCUUAGCCCUGUGAUGGCAGAAGACUUGGUUCAGAAAUGCACAACUUGUAUGGAGAAUCUUCAGGACAAAGAACAACAGUUACAGAAGACUGCUGAGGCUCUGAAUGAAGCCUUACAAAAGUGGAGAGCUGUAACAGCCGAGCUUUUAGCUACAAAACAAGAACUGGAGAAGGCACCUAAGAAGGAAUACCUGGAAGAACAACAGAAGAUGUUAGAAGAAAUUAAAUCUGAGAGGGAUGUCCUAAGAAAAAGAAUAACUGACCAAGAACAACUUCUGAAAGAGGUCCAGGAACAGAAAUCUGAAAGUGAGCAACACUUGUCACAUCUUGUAGAGGAGAAGACUACACUAGAAAGAAGGCUGUCCUCAGUAGAGAAGGAGCUGGAAACAACCCUUGAGUAUUACAAAAAUUUAGAAACAAGCCAUCUUAAUCUUACCCAGAAUUUGCAGAAUUCUGAAAUGGCUCGAGAGUCCGAACGUCAAGAAUUUGAUAAUAAACUAAACUCCAAAGGUGUGGAGCAACAGCUGCUACAAGAAUCUGUAAGGGCCAAGGAAGCUGAAUUCUACCAGAGAGAAGAGAACCUGCGUGAAGAAGUUGUCUUACUAAGGCAGGUGAAGGAAGAUCUAGAGAAUAAACUGCAAGAGGUUCAUCAUUUGAAUGCAGAGUUUGAAAAGAGAAUGGAGGUUUCUGGCCAUAGCUGGAGGGAACAGAUUGCAUUAGUGAAGCAGGAGCAUGAAAGUGAAAUUGCGCUUCUAAAAGACAGACACGAGAAAGAGCUGCUAAAGAUAUCUUCUGACCUGAACAUGGAGAAACAGAAACUGGAGGAACUUAAGGAACAGUUAGAAAAUGCACAUAGUAUAGAGACUGAGCAGACCCAGCCAGCACGUAAUAUGGAAAUGGAAGCUUUGCGUCUCAGCCUAAGCAACAUGCAUGCUGCACAUCUUGAACUAAGUCAGUCAAACCUGCUGAAAGAAAAAGACUAUGCCUUGGUACAGCUGCGUGAACAUUUGAAUAACAAGUGGGCACAAGAACUAGCAAUCCUUCAGGGCAAGCAUCAGUUUGAAGUAGAGCAUUUGCAUAAUGAUCAUAGUCAGGCUUUAGAAAAUUUACGAGAAGAACUUUCAAAGGAAAUUUUGCGACAGAAGCAGGAACAUUUGAAAGAGAUUGUGCUUCUAAAGGAUAAACAUGUAGCACAAACAUCGGAAUUGGAUGAAAGGCACAGGCAAGAAGUGGAGUUGAUGCAGAAGGUUUAUGAGAAGGAAAAACUAGAGUUGGUGCAGAAACAAGAACUACUUCGAGAUGAACAUGCUCAAGAAAGUUUGCAGAAACUUGAGAAAACGUCAGAGGAACUCAAACUGGUAGAAGAAAGUUUAGUUAAGCUGUCAAAUUUAAAGGAACUACAUAUUGUGGAGAAAGAUGAGAUGCUAGCUCUGCAUCAAGAUGAAAUUAAACAUUGGGAAAUAAAGCAAGAAGAACUUACCGAAAAGCUUAAAGAUGCUUUGCAGCAAAGAAAGGAGAUUUUAUAUUUAGAAGAACAGAUUGGUAAAGACAGAACCGUUUUGGAAGAAACAAUCUCUAAACAUUGUAAAGAGAUGGAACAGAUGCGAAAAGAACUUUCAAACACCUUACAGCACAAUAAAGAGCUUUCAAGCCAGAUCAAGUUACUAUCUGAGGAGCAUGCAAACACGAUAUCAAAACUGCAAGAGCAACACAAGAAAGAUAAGGAAAUCUUGGAGCAGGACCAUUUAAGUGAGAAACAUGACAGGGAUAAGCAAGAAAACAAACACUUCCAGGAGCUGAAACAACUUAGAAUAGAGCUUUCGGAGAAGACUGAGCUACAUUCAAAACAAACUGAUCAGCUUCAACAGAAACACUCAGAUGAGUUAUUAAAUCUACAGGACACUCUCUCAAAAGAGCUAACUGAGCUAAAGGAUAUUCUCGCUUUGAAAAAACAAGAGUUUAAAAGGCAGCAAGAUGAUGAUGCAAAAAAAUUUUUGCAGCUUCAAAUGCAUUGUGAAGACAUGGAGGCCUUACAGAAUGCCUAUAGUCAGGAGAAAAAUGAGUGGGAGAAGCAGACAGAGCAACAGUCAGAAAAUCUAAGAAGGUUGAAUGAAGAAAUUGCACAGCUGCAGGAUAAGCAUUCAGAAGCCAUGGAGCAACUACAAAAGCAACAUCGCAAGGAAAUCAAAGAAAUACAAGCGCAACAUAUUCUGGGAAAUGAGGAGUGGGAGAAGCAGAGAUACCAGCACUCCCAGGAAUUGGAUGUUCUGGUCAAUCAGCAUUCACAAGAGCUGAAAUGUAUCGGAGAGGAACUGUUACAAGACUCUAUACAGAAACAAGAACAACAUUCCAAGCAAUUACAACAAAUUAAAGAAGAAUGCUCAAAACAAUUAUUGGAGUUAAAACAACAACAUAUUCUUGAAAUCCAGCACCUGAAUACUAUUCAUGUGCAAGAGAGAGAGCAAUGGAAGCAACAGACCGACCACGGUUUCCUGCAGAUGCACAGUAAUGAAACACUGCAGCAAAAUACAGAUUCUAAAUGUACUUGUCAAGAGCUGCUUCAAAAUGAGAUUAUCAAGGACAGUCGUGGAAACGAAAAUAUUGUAUUAGAGCGAUGCAAACAACAUAGUGGACAGUUAGAUUACCCAGCAAAUCUGCUUUCUCAAGAAGAUAUCCCAGAGUCCAAAGAGGACCAAAACUUGCUGGAGCUACAGCAUCAACAUGGGAAGCAGCCUGAGGCUAUUGAAGAGGGUUGUGAACAAAUGAGAGAGUCCAGUCACCAGCAUCUUAUGGUUGAGUACCCCCCUCAAGCAUUGGUACCUGACCAUGGCCAGGCACAAGACAUUCCAUUACUGCAAAAGAGUGAAAUUCUGAGUGACUGUGUUAUCCAGAGAAAACAGGAUCAGACAAGGUGGAAUAAAUAUAGUGAGGUCAAAAUUGAGUCCACUGAACAAAUCCAACUUUUAUGGUCCCAGAUUGACAGGUCCAGAGCAAGUCGCCAAGAACUUAAUGAGGUAAAGGAGCAGCUCAUCGCCCGUUCCACACAGUUAGAAGAAAUUGAGAGGCUAAGGAGAGACUUUGAGCAGGAGCGGCUGUUGCUUAAAGAUCAACACGAGAAGGAGAUGGAAGAGCUUAGAAUUUACUUUGAACAGAAGUCAAGCACUGCAGAAGAGACCUACAGAGAGGAGCUAGAGAUACUGCAUCAGCGUCUUAGGGAAAUGAAUGAUGAUGAAAAGGUGGAAGUGACUCCCCUGAACUGUUCUACUUUGACUUUAGAAGAGUCUUUUGAAAGUGAAAAGCUGUUUUUUCUGCAACACUUGACAGACCAGCUGGAGGAGCACAAGGAAGAACUUGCUUAUUCACAACUUCAUGUUGAAGCAAAGCACAAGCAAGAGCUAGAAAACCUGCGUGCAGCUCUGACCCUGCAGUACAAGGAGGAUUUAUUAAACCUGAAGAGUGACCUUUCUGAAAAGUAUACAUCAGAGAUUGAGACCUUAAAGAAGAAGCACUGUAUGGAGCUGGAGCAGCUGAGGGCCCAAUUGUCUGAGGAGCACAUCAGAGAGCGAACACUGAUACAACUUCAGAACACCCAUGAAGGUAUGCAGGAUGAAGAAAAAGUUGAAAUGCAGGUUUUGAGCCACACUAAACAGAUCUUGUAUGCAGAGUGGUCCAAUGAGAAAGAUAUGAAGAACUCUAAAAUGUGCCAAACAGAUUUUGAAUCUACAUCGGAUUCUGGUGGUGGAAAACAACAAGGCCAUAAAGAAGUACAAAUGGAGAAGUCACAACUAGAGGUAUUGCAGGCUUUCCAUGCUAAGGAGCUGGCAGAUGCCACAGAAAAGAUGGCAAAUGACUUGGAGGAAAUUACUAUAAGACUGUCAGAAGAGAAAGAAAAUGCACUGAGAGAAGCAGAGUACAGGAUUGCCCAAAUAUGCAUGGAAAAAGCUAAGCUACAGGAAGAUCUCCUGAGAGAGGCACUUAAGAGCACAUCCUCUGUGGAAUACCAGGAGGUUGGUAAUAAUCCCUGCUUGCAGUCAGAUAAUCUCAUAUCUUGUAUAUCUGAGGAUCAAGAUUCUGGUGAUAAAGAACUGCUCCUAAAAGGUCUAGAUGAAGAGAGAAUUUCUGCCCACUUAUCAGAACUGUGUUCUGGUGCUGAUCUAGACACCUGUUUGUCACAGCUGCAGAGCCACCACAAGAGGGAACUGUACACUUGGUUAUCAGAGUUGCUGAGAAAGCACCAAAAGGAACUACAUGCUCGUAAUCUAGACCACGAAGCUUACAUUCAAAGUCAAGAAGCUUCACAUUUGGUAAAGCUGGACACCUUGGAGUCUUCAUACUUGACAGAGAUACAGAAGAUAAGAGAUGAACAUGCACUUGCUGUGGAAGAGCUUGAGAACUGCUUAUAUAACAGACUCAAAGAGAAGGAAAACGAGGUUCAAGACAAGUUGGAAAAGUCAAGGGUGCAAUGGUUACAGCAGCACGAGCAGGAGCUGCAGAGUCUGCGCCAGGAGCUUGUAUCAGUACAGCUGGAGAAAUUUCAGGCCAUGGCAGCAGAGUUGGAAGUUGCACACAGGGAGGACCUGAGACAGCAGCUCGAUCAACAACUUUUCAAACUAGAGGAGGAGAAAAAACAGGCCUUAAAUCUCUUGCAAGAAGAGGUCCUAAGAAUGGAAGCUCAGAACCAGCUCGCUCUGCAAGAGCUUUCUGAUCUGCACAAAGUGGAAGUUGAACAUCAAACCCUUAAACUUCAAGAGGAGAUGGAGAUAAUGAGAGAGGAACUCCACAAACAGGAGCGGUUUAUUGCAGAGCUUACUAGUGAACGACAAGCUCUUUCUAAGGAGCUACAGAAGAAGUCUGAUCAGCAGCUGCAGUUCCAGGAGGAGAUAGAGUUGUUGAAGUGUCAGUCUGAGAUGUUGCUGGAACAGCAGAUCAGUCUCCUAAAAGAAGAAUUUAGUGCAGAGAAAAGGUCUGCAUUACAGGAACUUGAAGAACAGUUCAAUAGAGACAUUGAAAAAGUCAGAGCUGAGCAUCAGCUGGAGAAGGAACACUUUAUGAAGCAGCUAGAAGAUAAAAAUGCAGAAAUGUUACAGUUGCAAGAUAAAGUCUUGGCUUUAACUAAAGAAAUGGAUGCUUCACAGUCCCAGAUGGAUGUGCUUGUGCAGAGAAGAGAGAGAGAAAACCAGGAAGGCGAGCACUUAGUUGCAAUGCUGCAAUUGGAUGCGCAAACGGCUCAGCAGGAACAGAAGAGGUUGCAAGGUUCCUGUCAGCGUCUUCUCAAGAUUUUUGCAGAUGUUCUUAAGAGCACUCUGAUCACUGAGGAUUUAAUCAGCAAAAAGAUUGGUCUUUGCUUGGACAACAGCUUGUCUCAAACUGAUAAUGAGAGAACUAUUGAUGAUUUGGCUAAAUCUUCAGAUAAAAAUCGCAUGAGCCCAGAUUGUGAGACUAUGACCGAGCACAGUCUGAUUUCUACAGACGAAGGUUAUGAGCUUUCUGAAUAUCUGUGUGACAGCAUACUCGGCAGCUUGGAAGUAGGUCUGGAGAAUGAGGAGAAGAUAGUUCGCAUGGGCCAUCGACUACGUGCUGCUGUUGAGAGGCUUCUGGACAUGGUUACUGACUCUACUCUUCAGUUAGAACAGACCCGUGAAAUGCAGAAAUGUUUUGAGGAGGAGUUUCAAAGCCGGAACCAGGAUAUGGCACAAGUGGUGAUACAGAAUCAGGAUCUAUUAAAAGAGCUGGCAAAAGAGACCGAGGAAAAGAAUAGACUACAGGUGGAGCUGCAUAAAUCUCAGGGACUUAAUGAGGGUUUUGCACUGGAGAAAGCUACACUAGAAGAAUCAUUGUUAUCAAAGGAGAGUUUAGAGCACCAACUCAUUGUAGAACUGGAAAAGUCACGUGAGCAGCUUAAGAUCCUGACACAAGAACCCACUGUAUUUGGAAAGGAGAAAGAAGUGUUGCAGAGACUGCAGGAGGUCUUGGCUGGUAGUGACAUUGAUGCUGAGCUACUAAAAGAAACUGAACGAUUGUUGAAAGAAGAGCUCGAGUUGCAUUGUCAAGCAAAGCAGGACCACUCAAACGUGAUUUCUCAGAUGAAAAUGCUGGAAAUGGAACUAGAAGAGCAAAUGGCUCGUAACCAGGAACUCAUGAAGAAAACAAAGGACAUGGCUGACCUUCAACAGCAAAUCCAGUCACUAGAGAAGCAGCUGAAGAGCCAAAGGCAGUUUAUGGAUGAGCAAGCUGUAGAGCGAGAGCAUGAGAGAGAUGAGUUUCAGCAAGAGAUUCAGAAUCUGGAGGAGCAGCUAAAACAGGCAUUGAAAGGUCAUGGAGAUUCUAAAGCCUAUGGGCUCCAUGACUGGAGUGCCCAGAUAGAGACUUUGGAGGCUCGUGUGAAAGAGAAAGCAGCCGACUGCAAAUUACUGCUUCAGGGAAGAGAGCAAAUGGAGCAGGACAUAACAGAAAGAAAUGAAGAAAUAGAUAAGAUGUUGAUAAGAAUACAAGAGCUGGAACAGGCUGCUCUGAGCAAUGCUGAUGCAGGCAGGAAAUGUAGCCAACUAGAAGUAGAAUUGCAAAAAAUGCAGAAGAUGGAAAAGGAACUUUUACAGGACAAAGAAGCGUUACAACAGCAGCAGUACAAUAACGUUCUGCAGAUCUCAGCCCUUCAGUCGAAGCUUGAUGAGGCACGCCAUAGACUACCUGUGGAGGGAGAGCCUGACCAGCUCUUAAAGCAAGAGCUACAGGCAGAGCGGGAGGCCCUGCAAAGAAAAGAAAAAGAGCAUGACAUGAAGCAGGUGACUAAAAAGCUGGCUGAAGACAUCCUGGGGGAGUAUGUGGCGUAUGAGGCAACAUGCUCUCAAUCUGCAGAACUGGAGGAAUUAAGAUCACUUGUUGAACUUCUUCGCAGUGACCAAGACAGGUUACGCAAGGACAAGGAAGAGGAAGUGGAGCAGCUUCAUGAAGUGAUUGAAAAACUGCAACAUGAGCUGGAGCAAUUGGGUCCAAACAGGCAUGAAAUCAGUGACAGUCAAGAAAGUCUGGAUCAGCUGGGGCUCGGUGAAGUGGAGAACCUACAAAGGGAACUGAGAAAAGGAGCUCAACAAUUACAAGGAGGAAGCACUAGUCAAGAAAGGCAAGAUGAUAAAAGGUCCUCAGACAAUGCUAAACUGGAAGCUUUACAAAAAGAAUUGGAAGAGAAAGAAACUCUGCAUAUCACUGAAAUUGAGGUCCUGGAAAAGAAUUUACACAAUAUACAUCAAUCUAGCAGGCAGCAUGAACAAGCACUAGAGUCUCUUAAAGUGCAACAUCGGAAUAUGCAGGAGGAGAAUGAGCUCCUCAGGAGUCGUUUGUCAGAGCAAGAAGAACAAAUUGUCAGCCUCUCCACUCAGCUACAAGAACUACAAGAUGUAUUGCGAGAGAAGGAAGGUUUCCUUUUGGAAAAAGAACUUUUAGUUCAGACCAUGCAGGAAGAGAAUGCAGCUGAUCGAGCAGAAUUUGAGAAUCUGCUGGCUCAGAGUGCACUGUCUUUAGAAGCUGCCAAAACGGACCUUCAAAAAAUGCAAGAAGAGACAGUUACUCGUCAAGAACUAGAGGCAAGAUGUUCCAAUGAACAAAAGGAGAAAGAACAAGAGUACAAACAUGAAAUACAUUGUCUAAAGCAACAGCUCAGCGACUGGAAGGGAAAAGCUCAGAGCCUCAGUGAAGAGGUGCAAACACAAACUGAGGAGGAAUUCAUGGAAUCUCAAGCACUACUCCAUCUGGUUUCUUUGAAGGAGCAAUUAAAUUCUGCAGAGAACUUGGCAAGUAUGAGAGAAGCUGAUCUUCAUAGUGCCCAUGCUCAGCUUGCCAACAUGAAACAAGAACUAGAGGAAUUGCAUGCCGAAUGUGAAUGUAGAGAAACUAAAGCCCAAGAUCUCUUCCAGCAGCUUCAGAAACGAGAGGUUUGUGUUGCAGAGUUGCAGAUGCACUCCCAGAAUCUUGGUACUCAGGUUAAGAAACUGCAAGAUGUUCUAGUAAGCCAAGAAGCCAUGAUUGCACUGAUGUCAGGUGAUUUAACAAAAUGUGUGAAACACAUGCCUGACCUGUCAAGACCUGGAAAAGCUAGAAGCUUCUCUGAAAGUGUAACUGACUUGAGUACCUGGGACUCCCCUGAAGUGGUUCGAAAACAAGAGGAAGCAACACACAGCCUGGGAGCAUUUACACCCUUCUCUGAACUGAGCAUUGAUCACAGUGCUGACCUUAUGAUAUCAAAAUUCUCUUGCAAAAGAACUGACAGUUGUAACCUUUUAGGAUCCAGCACUCCAUCUUUGUCUGAAAGCAACUUCUCUGCACAGGUGGCUAGUCCACCAAAAGAUGCAGGACACACAGAUUAUGGCUCUUGUGAUGACUUGGGGAGCUCUAGGGACGACCAGGUGGAUUCUGUGAAGUCUGAUGAACUGGAUUACAGGCCUGAAGCUGGCACUAAGACCGAGCUGAAUUAUAUGGAGAACUUGCUUCAAGUUAGAAAAAAAAUGGAUUCAGUAAGCCCAACUGGGCUAUCUCCACAACUACAGAGAAUGUUAAAUAUGGUGCACCAGGAAAGCUGCAAAAUCCUAGAAUUGUCUGAACGUCCUCUGGUUAAAUCUGUUUCGGACAGUGCUGAUCUUGCACUCAAGAUGGAUACUUGGCAGAAGGAGAAACAGACCUUGCAAGAAACCAUCCAGUCACUGAGUUCAGCUUUAGCUCAGGCUGCAGACAAAGGAGAGAAGGAAAGCACAUCCGUGGACUGGAGAAGGGACCUGCUGCAGAGUGUGCAGGCACUGUUGGAAAGUGAGAGAGUGUAUCUGAGACUGGAACUUCAGUCUGAUAUUCUCCAUGGCUCUGGAGACAAAAAUUUACUGUCAGAAAAGAUGGAGCAUCUCAUUAAGGAGCAGGAGGAACAGAAACGUCUAGUCUUGGAGCAUGUUCUUGCUGUAGAUCGUAGUAGUCUGGUAUCUGAAAUUCAGGACCUACGAUCACAGCUGCGUAUGGCUCAUCUGCAAAAUCAGGAGAAACUUCAAAAACUGCAGGAUACUCUUACCAGCACUGAGGAGAAAGGCAAUACGAGAGAACAUCAGCUACGCAGACAAGUGGAGUUGUUAGAGUACAAACUACAGCAGGAAGCUUCCAUUGCUGAAGAUGUCAAAGGAUCUUUGUUGCGAGAAAAGGAACGAGCAACAGAACAGUACAAACUUCUACUCCAGGAACAGGCAGCGGUGUCUCAGCUACGUUCUGAGCAAGAGGAAAAAGUGCUGGAGAUGGAGAAUCUCAGAAAGUCACAAAAGGAGCUGCAGAAAGAGCUUCAGGUGGAAACAUCCAGACUGAGAGAUGAACUGGAAAAUAAAGAGAAGAAUAUGUCUGCUUAUAUAAAGACAAUGCAAACUGAAAGCAUGGUGGAAAAACAGAAAUUGAAGGAGGCAAUGUCAUUUCUUCAAAGUACUUUGGAAAUCAAGGAGAAGUCCUUGCAGGAAACCUCACGGUCUCUUGAGGAGCAGAAAAUGCUAAAUGCCAAAAUGUCAGCAGCUCUCGCUCAAGAGCAAACAUUCUGCAGCAACCUUAAAAAAGAACUGGAAAUAGAGCAGUCUCGUUGUAAAGCACUACUUGCUCAAGAACAGAGCAAACUAUCAGAGGCAGCAAAGCUGUUGGAGAAGGAAAAGCAGCAUUCAUUAAGUCUUUCAAAUGCCUUGACUCUCGAGCAUGGUGUUCUUGAACAGCUAAGACAGCAGCAUGCUCGAGAACUUGCCAAAAAAGUGGACGAGAUGCAGCAGGAACACAAGGUAGUACAAGCAUUACAGAGUGAACUGGAAGCAGAGAGGAAGCGUGCUAGGGACCUUGCUGCCAUGAUUGAGAAGACCCAACAGCAGGUAGUCCAUGCCAAACGACAACUAGAAUCUGAAGUACAAGCCUGUCGUGAGGAAAUGCAAAAAGAAAAAGAGGCUGGAGUCAAGUUGCGUGCACUGCUGGAGUCCUUACAGAGUCAGAAACAACAACUGGACUGUGUUUUAGAGCAGCAGGAAGAACGCGAACUUCGUCUGCAGAAGGAGCGUGAUCAAUACCAAGCUCAAGUCUUAAAUUUUCAGGAAAAGGAAAGAACCUGGGUAAAAGAACUGGAGCAGGAGUCAAGAAGAUUGAAACAAGCAGAAGCAAGUAGAGUCCAAGAAGAGGAGCAGAAUUGUCAAAUAAUGGACUUACAGAUACAACAUGAACGGGACAGACGUCGUAUCCAGGAACUUCAGCAGAUGCUUGCAGACCUAGAAGAACAAGAACGUGAUCUAGCUUCCCGAAAGAACAAAUUCAGGAAUGACAGCAGUACCUCUACUAAAAAUGUCAAUUACUUAACCACUAACAUGCAAAGAAUAUGGCAACAGCUGCUUCACACUGUGCUUCAAGUGAAGAAAUGGGUGCAGAACAAAAGUGACAGAUCGCAUGAAGGGUUCCCAGAUGAGGCUGAAGUGACGGCACUGUUGGACUCUCUUUCAGAGCUGAGGUCUGAAUUGCAGAGAGGAUAUGUCCAGCAGCCAUCGCAGUCUCCAUCCAGAGUGAUCGAUAUAUUGAAACGUGAGAAUGAGGAGCUUGCGAGCUCUGUAUCACAGCUUACAAAAGAGAAACUAGAACUGAAAAGUCAACUAUCCAAACUAGUCAAGAGCCAUCAAGAAUCCCUUCAGAAAACUAAUAAUCAGGUGCAUACUGAUGUUAUAGACUCUGUCCUGGAGGCAGAACGUGCUGUGUGGUUUCGGGAAAAGCGCCUCUUACAAAUUGCAUUGAAACAUGCAGAGUCGGAACUGAGCAAAGCAACUGUGGAAAACAGACCUCUGCAAGAUGUUUCAAAUUCCAAGAUGCAACGCCUUUACAGAAAAUACCUCAGAGCUGAAAGUUUCCGCAAAGCCUUAGUCUACCAAAAGAAAUAUCUACUUCUACUCCUUGGAGGCUUUCAAGCUUGUGAAAAGGCUACUCUGUCUCUUAUUGCACGUAUGGGUGUAUAUCCAUCUCCAGCAGACCUACAGAUUCCCAGAAAAUGCCAAACUGGCCUCGGCAAAUUUCGUUCUACUGUGAGGGCUGUAAUCGCUAUUUCUAGGUUAAAGUUCUUGGUUAGGAAAUGGCAAAAAUCAAAUCGGAAAAGUGGUGGUGAAGAUACAGUGUCACGGCAAGUGAAUAAAAUGGAUGUUUUGCAACAGCUGGGUGGUACAACACUGAACUCCCCUCCAACCAGAGACCUGCCUUACAGUCUCUUUCGCAGUCCUAACAAUAGUAUUGGUACGCCACCUCUGAAGCCAUCACAAUGGACACCUAAAUGGAUUGGACAUUCCCCUUCCCUCACAACUGAAAGAUCUCGCCAUUCUUCGCAAGAUCCUGACCGUUCUAUUACAGAUUAUAUCCACCACCUGGAAACUGUUCAACAAAGACUUGGCGGACUCCAAAAUGGUCCUUCACCAGGACAAACAUUUGGUGUUAAAUAUGCCCGAAAAUGAACAGAUCGGUCCUUAUCUUUUACCCCUUUUUAUCUAUAUAUAUAUAUAUUUUUUUUUUUAUAUGCAAAAUCUAAUUUUGUAUUUUUGUAUUAUGCAAUAAACCUAUUUAUACACUAGAUAUUUUAGCACUUGUAUAAAGUCUUUUUAUAUGUAUUGUAAAGGUUUGUUUGUGGAAUAGAGCACACUUGAGUCUCUAAUCAGAGACUCCGUAAUUUGGGUGAUCACUGGGUGGUCAAUGCUUUUUGUGUUUAUACUCGUCAUUUUGUAUAAAAA